AUGUCCUUGAUACAACAAGUUCAAGAAAACCUGGAGCAACAGACCAUCUGUGAACUAGCAGAACAAGGAGUAAAAACUUCAGCAGCAGCUGCCAGUGGUACCAAACCAAUAGUGGACAAGCUGGAACCUCAAAUUUCAGCUGCCAAUGAGUAUGCCUGCAAAGGCUUGGACGAGCUGGAAGAUAAUCUUCCCAUCCUUCACCAGGCUACAGACCAGGUCCUUGCUGAAACCAAGGAAUUGGUGACAUUGACACCUUCCAGUGUAAAGGAGUCUGUAAUGGAAGUUGCAGACAUAACGACAACGGCAGUACAAGAUGACCUAGAAAGGAGUAAAGGUGCUGUGGGCCAACUGGUGACCACUGGCAACAACACUACACUCAAAUCUGAGGAGUUGCUUAAUCAGCUCCCUAUGACCGAGGAAGAACUAGGUAACUACAAAUCAGGCCUGCUAUCAACUAUUGAAAUGGCAAAGAAAGGAACAGAUUCAGCAUAUGCCAAAUUACAAGAGAUCCAAGUGUCUCUGAAUGAGAGAUUGAUUGACCAGAGCAAGCAGCAGCCUGAUGAGAAAAUGCAAGGGUUUUCUGAAAAAUCAGGUUUAAUUGCUAUGCCCUUACUGGACCAGAAGUACUCUAAUUUGGCAGGCUAA